GCUGCCUCGUACAGAGCAGAGGCUGCGGCUGCAGCAGCGCGAGCGGCGCCCUGGUCCCGGCGCGCGCUCGCGGGCAUCACUCAGCGCCCCCCCCCCGCACCGCGUCCGCCGCCUCGACUUUCUCUCUUCCCCCCGCUAGGCUCGGGGCGACGCCCGCGUGGAUGGGAUGGAAGCAGGACCCUCGGGAGCAGCAACCGCUGCAGGCACUUACCUGCCACCCCUGCAGCAGGUAUUUCAAGCUCCUCGCCGGCCCGGGAUAGGAACUGUCGGGAAGCCAAUCAAACUCUUAGCCAACUACUUUGAAGUAGACAUUCCCAAGAUUGACGUCUAUCACUAUGAAGUUGACAUCAAGCCAGACAAGUGCCCUCGCAGAGUCAACAGGGAGGUUGUGGAAUACAUGGUACAACACUUCAAACCUCAAAUCUUUGGAGAUCGGAAGCCGGUGUACGAUGGGAAAAAGAACAUCUAUACGGUCACUGCCCUGCCCAUUGGCAAUGAAAGGGUUGACUUUGAGGUGACAAUUCCAGGGGAAGGCAAAGACAGGAUAUUCAAGGUUUCAAUCAAGUGGAUGGCCAUUGUGAGCUGGCGGAUGCUUCACGAGGCCCUGGUGAGCGGGCAGAUUCCUGUUCCGCUGGAGUCUGUCCAAGCCCUUGAUGUUGCCAUGAGGCACCUGGCCUCCAUGAGGUACACGCCAGUGGGCCGUUCCUUCUUCUCUCCCCCUGAAGGAUACUACCACCCGCUGGGAGGUGGUCGGGAGGUCUGGUUUGGGUUCCACCAGUCUGUCAGGCCCGCUAUGUGGAAGAUGAUGCUGAAUAUUGAUGUAUCAGCGACAGCCUUCUACAAGGCCCAGCCAGUGAUUGAGUUCAUGUGUGAGGUGCUGGACAUCCGGAACAUUGAUGAGCAGCCGAAGCCCCUGACUGAUUCCCAGAGAGUCCGUUUCACCAAGGAGAUCAAAGGUUUGAAAGUGGAGGUGACUCACUGUGGGCAGAUGAAGAGGAAAUACCGUGUGUGUAAUGUUACUCGGAGGCCGGCUAGCCACCAAACGUUCCCUCUCCAGUUGGAGAGCGGUCAGACGGUGGAGUGCACAGUAGCGCAGUACUUCAAGCAGAAAUACAACCUCCAGCUCAAGUACCCCCACUUGCCGUGUCUUCAAGUCGGCCAAGAGCAGAAGCACACAUAUCUACCUCUGGAGGUAUGUAACAUUGUGGCUGGCCAGCGGUGCAUUAAGAAACUAACGGACAAUCAGACCUCCACCAUGAUCAAAGCAACAGCGAGGUCUGCCCCGGAUAGGCAAGAGGAGAUUAGCCGGCUGAUGAAGAACGCCAGUUAUAACCUGGACCCAUACAUACAGGAGUUUGGCAUAAAGGUGAAGGAUGACAUGACUGAAGUGACUGGGCGUGUCCUGCCAGCCCCAAUUUUACAGUAUGGAGGACGGAACCGUGCCAUCGCCACACCCAACCAGGGGGUAUGGGACAUGAGGGGGAAGCAGUUCUACAAUGGCAUUGAGAUCAAAGUCUGGGCCAUAGCUUGUUUCGCCCCCCAGAAGCAAUGCAGGGAAGAAGUUCUGAAGAACUUUACAGACCAGCUGCGCAAGAUCUCCAAGGAUGCAGGGAUGCCAAUCCAGGGCCAGCCGUGUUUCUGCAAAUAUGCACAAGGUGCAGACAGUGUGGAGCCCAUGUUCCGUCACCUUAAGAACACCUAUUCGGGGCUCCAGCUUAUCAUAGUCAUCCUACCAGGGAAGACGCCGGUGUAUGCGGAGGUAAAGCGUGUGGGGGACACGCUCCUGGGGAUGGCUACCCAGUGCGUGCAGGUCAAGAAUGUUGUGAAGACAUCGCCACAGACUCUUUCCAACCUCUGCCUCAAGAUCAAUGUCAAGCUCGGCGGGAUCAACAACAUCUUGGUGCCUCACCAGCGGUCUGCUGUCUUUCAGCAGCCAGUCAUAUUCCUUGGAGCUGAUGUGACUCAUCCCCCAGCAGGUGAUGGAAAGAAGCCUUCUAUAACAGCUGUAGUGGGCAGUAUGGAUGCCCACCCAAGCCGUUACUGUGCCACCGUGCGGGUUCAGCGGCCCCGGCAGGAGAUCAUAGAGGACCUGUCGUACAUGGUGAGAGAGCUCCUCAUCCAGUUUUACAAGUCCACUCGCUUCAAACCCACCCGCAUAAUCUUCUACCGUGACGGAGUGCCGGAGGGACAGCUCCCACAGAUCCUUCAUUAUGAGCUCCUGGCCAUCCGUGACGCCUGCAUCAAAUUGGAGAAGGACUACCAACCAGGCAUUACUUACAUUGUUGUGCAGAAACGACACCACACUCGCCUCUUCUGUGCAGAUAAGAAUGAGAGGAUCGGUAAAAGUGGGAACAUUCCAGCAGGAACAACGGUGGAUACAAACAUUACUCAUCCGUUUGAGUUUGACUUCUACCUGUGUAGUCACGCUGGCAUUCAGGGUACAAGCAGACCUUCCCAUUAUUACGUUCUUUGGGAUGACAACCGGUUUACAGCGGAUGAGCUUCAGAUUCUCACCUACCAGCUUUGCCACACUUACGUACGCUGCACUCGCUCAGUCUCUAUCCCAGCACCAGCAUACUAUGCCCGCUUGGUGGCAUUUCGGGCGCGAUAUCACCUUGUGGACAAAGAGCAUGACAGCGGAGAAGGCAGUCACAUAUCUGGCCAGAGUAAUGGUCGAGACCCUCAGGCCCUCGCCAAGGCCGUACAAGUUCAUCAGGACACUUUACGUACCAUGUACUUUGCUUGAAAGUAUAACUUUUUUUACCUCACUCCAGAAAGCUUUCAGAUUUGUAGGAGCCAUAAUUUAAAAAGAGGAAGCAUUGGGAGCACCUUGCAGGCAUCCAAUGAGAAAUCACUGCAGGGCGCAGAUGGCGUUGGAGGCAGGAAACCAGCAUCCUCUGGAAUGAAUGCAGGAGAGCCACUUAACCGGAUGAACACACCUUUGUAGUCUUUGUUUUUCAGGCUUUCUAGUUACCUGACCAAACACACUAAGUAUUUAAACCAAGGAAGAGAUCUGACUUCCUGUUAAGAAAAAAACAAAACGGUUUUCAUUAUUGGGACGGGGCGGGGGGGACGGGACGCAAUAUUAGACUUUCUCGACUGUGAAAUAACUGUUUUGGUUCUCCAAUGCCAAAUCAAACGCUGGUAAGAUUUUUGUUUGUUAUUGUUUGGGAUGGGUGGGGGAAAUGGGAUUUGUAGAGCCUUAAAACAGAUGACUAGAUUUAUAAAAACUAAUAUUUUAGGAUACAAGAUGCUUUAAUUGGUGAAGAAGAAAAAAAAGCCAGUAGUUUAUAGAUUAAUUUUAACACUCUUACCCUUCCCUAUGAAGAAAUUUUCUCCCCUUUAUAUAUAAUAAUAAUAAUAAAUAAUAAUAAUAACGUAAGGCACCCCCAGCACUUACCACAAUGCCGAAAAGGAAACUUGUCUUCCGCCUGUUUAAAAGUGGGAUAGCUGCUGCCCUUUUAAUGCAACAGUCACAUACUCAACUGUGGGCGAGUGCCUUACUGCAAUGCUGCAAAAUGUUGAUGUUCGUUCACCUUUCAAAGGAAAAGAAAAGCAAACCAAGGAUACUCUUGUCUCGGUGGUGGUCCAAAAAAAUCUCCAUCUUAAAGGUAUUAGGAGUUCUUUUUUUAACGUUCACAAAGCUUUCAGUUUCAUGUUAGCCUCACAGCCUCACGAUGGGUUAAAAUUCUGUGCACUUUUAACAUGACAUAUGAAUUUGGAGAGCUGCUGAUAAAACAUGUUUUUGUUCUUUUGUUUUUAUUUGAUGUUGAUUUUAUUGUUCCUGAUGUAUUUCUUGAGUGGAUUUUUUUUUUUUAAUUUUUAAUUUAAAAACUACAUUUCUAACAAACGGGGUUUUGCAAGAGGAAGAAUGUUUUUGCCUGCCCCAUGAGCACAAACGAGAAACUCCAUUAUCAAUUGAUGUCCUGACUUUUUUUUAUACGCCGAUGAAAUUUUUUAUUACCAAGUGUUAUUUUUAUACGGUGCCGAGUCUUAUUGCCAAAACUUACUCAAAUCACUUAUAUAUUCUCAGAGUUUACAAUAUUCCCCCAGCAGCCCCCUCAUACUUUGGAGUUUUCCUAUAGCUUAUGUGGUGGGUUGUGUUAUGAGAUUUUUGUUUGCUUUGGCAGCAUGUGUACUAAAAUGCAAGCGAUAGAGGUUAGCGAGAGGCUGGCUGCUUUUCCAUUAAUCGAGCUGCAAUCCACAAAGUCUUUAUUUUUCUUUCCUAAAGUUUCAUUCUAUUUUUCCUUUAUAGUUUUAUAAUAGUUUUAGGUCCAGCAUGUUCUCAAAACUGCCCCGAUGGUUUCUGCUGCUUUAAUUAUUGCCAUCCCCAUGCAAAUAAACAAAACCCCACUUGGCUUUUCCUUUGAUCAGAACAACAACAUGCACUUUGCUAUCUAUGUAGACAUAGUUCGUAUUCACAAGACAAAUCUAUUCUGUCCCGCCGUGAUGAUGAAUUUCAAACUUACUACAAGAAGCUACUUGUGCUUUCAAGGCUGGAGGUUCUCUGGCAUAUUCUGUUACAGACACAUUCUUGCCAUUUAAGUACAAAAGCAGGCAUGUGGUGAGAGAAGGAAAUGUCACCUAUACUCAAGCCUUUUUUAAAAAAGGAAGGUUGAACCUGUGCAGCCAUGCCACUGUAGGCACACCCUGUUAAAGCAUAUGCUUUGCAGAUUGUGAGGCAAUACUGAUUUUACCACUCAAGCUUCAAGUGUCAAGUCAGGUAUCCCAUCCUUUUUAUUUUCACUUCUCCAUCCCCCCUUCUCUCUCCAAAUGCUGUUUUUGGGGCAGAAUGUUAACCCAUCAAAAUGCUAUGCAAAAAAAAAAAAUUGUGCCACAGAAUGGAGCACUGUUGUGUUUUACAUUACUUGGGCAUUAUGGCUCAUAUUCUUUAGCCAGGUCCCAAAUAACUGCUGUAGGAAUGCUCCAACAUUGCUUGUGUGCAGCUGCUGAGAUUUCUGACCUUGAGCAUCAGAUCUCCACUUCAUAUCACAACUGGCUUUUAGCCCUUCCCCAGGUUCCAGAAUGGUUCACCUGCUUCACUUGGGAAGGUGUGUGCCUGCUUACUGGUUUUUGAAGCACAAGUCCAAUGCACUAUUGGCUGCACACAGUGAGUUAUGCAGUUCUUUGGAUCUUUGACUCUUCUCUCUUUCCCCGCUGGUUUCCUUUUCCCUCUCACUCAGCUGCUUUGUAUCCCGCAAGGCUGGGAAUUGCUUUGCUUUGGGCAGCAAAAGCAUCAGUCUGGAAAAGCUGAUCUUCUUAACCAAGUGCCUGCAUGGGUAAACACAUUAUCAUCUUCCAGCAUGAACCUAGAUUAUGAGCCCUGCGUUUUUCAGAAAGAGAUGUUGGGGAGGCCCCCAUCUUACUUGGGCUUGUGAGUGAGAAUGCUUUUAUUUCUAGAAGCAGCUUUUUGAGUUCUUUGCAUCCCCUUCAUGUCCUCUGCGCCGCUGUCUCUGUGCUUGGAGUGGGAUUUGUAGGUUCAGUCACCAGCAUUGCAACUAAAAUAUUUGGUCCAAGAUUCAGAAACGUUUUGAGCAAAAGUGACUUGGGCAUUUGCAGAACUGGGGGGUGGGGUGGGGGAGAUGGAGGGAAUUUGAAAAAUAUUCAGCUUUGUUUUAAAAAAAUUUGCUUUAAAACAAACACAAACCUCCAGGACUUGAAUUGUUGUCAAUGGAUUCUCUUUUUCAGAUUUUUGCACUCCGCCGUUAAGUAGCUGCUUUGAAUGAAUUGGUGUUGGCAUGACCUAAUGAGACAGGCAGCUAGGGCAGGCUUUGCCAACCUGGUGCUCUCCAGUUGUUUUGCACUGCUUUGAGAUGCCUGGGGAGUUAUAGUGCAAAUCAUCUGGAAGGCACAAGGUUGCUGAAGGUUGAGCUAGAGGAAACAUACCGUUUCAAGCGCUUCUGGCCCAUCCUUCACUUCUCCCUUCCACCCACCUGGUGCAUGCGGAAUUUUCACUAAGUGCCGUAAAUGAUGUCAUUGCUGCACCCUCUAUGGAACAAAGUUUCUGGGUUCGGGGUAUUCCCCCCCCUUUAGAUGUUCUGCUUAAUGAGUUAGAUCUCCCUGCAUGUUCUGUGUACUGGAGGCUCCCUGUUCCAUUCCUGCUUAGGUUUGGCAAAGCUGUAUAUUAUGUCCUCUUGAUAGUCCACGAGAGCACAUAGGAGGUGGCAUUCUUUUUUUUGUACCACAGACUGUCCACUUUGGGGGCGUUGCAAGGCUACCAAUAAGAUAUUUGAAUACGCAUUUUGGAGCAUUUAACCUUGCACCUUAAGUCUGUCUCUUGUCGCUAUGUUGCCCUUCUGCAGCUGAAAAUGUUGCCAAAUUCUCACAGGUGUGUGUGCGGUGUGUGUGUGUGUGUGUGUGUGCGCUUGUUUGCGUGAGGGUUGGGGAGGCAGCAUAAUUACGUAGCUAUCCGUUGUUGGCUCUUGUUUUUUAUUUUACCUGCACUGCUGCUAGUUCCAAUUUAAUGCUUAUAUUUGAGCAAAAGACACUGGGUGGAAGAGGAUGAUGAAGAAGGCAAGAACCUGUGCCACGAAAGAUUGCAAGGAGCAGUACAAAAACUGGACUGGGAUUCAAGGUGGCCCUUAGGUUUGUGCCAAGGGGCUUAUAUGAGCCCAGUGGAAUAUUUAACCCCCCCCCCCCGGCCAAUUUUAUAAACUGCAGACCCCAAUGUCAUGUCAAAAGCUACUGUUGACAUUCUUCUCGGUUUCCAAAGCAACUUGCUAUACAGCAUAAAGGGGCUGUUACCUGUGGAGAAAUUAUUCUUAAAUCUCCCUUGGGCUUGUGGAACGAGCUCCACAGUUCUUGGGAACUUUGGCCCACCCAUGUCUAUGGCUGGUGUGGCUAACCUCUGUGGCCCUCUAGGGGGCUCUGGACUCCAGCUUCUAUCAGUCCCAGCCAGCAUGGCCAAUGGGACUUGCAGCCCUCCAGACAUUGCUGAACUACAAGUAAGGGCAUACCAAAAUGAAAUUGAUAGGAUGUAAAAUAGAGGUAUGGUAACAGUCUUUUCAUUUGGUGGAUGCAAACUUUCUGAGUUACACACCACUCUUCAGGCAGAGGAUACACAGUACAGAGGGCAAAGCUGGGUAAAUACGCAGUGACAUCUAGAUAUUGUCUCUAGUGUAAAUCCUUACGUGGAACCAGAGGUUCUCUUUAGUUUGGAAAAUGAGCUGUUCUCAUCUGAAGAAUUCUAUACAACUGUAAAACACAAAAAAAUUCUCUGGCUACCAAACAUUUGUCUGAAAAAAGGAAAGUUGCCGUGCCUGGUUUUUGUAUCAUAAUCCUUUUGGGACCAACAAAGCAGCUUCUGUCUAUAGAAAACUGAUAUUGUAGGAAAGCCUAAAAGCGUCAGCAUUGCAAGGAUUCAACGAAGAAUCCCUUUUUAAUAUAAUGUUCAAAGCAAUUUGGCAGCAAGGUGCAAACUUGUUGUGUUGGUCCUAUCUGGAGAGAAAUGUGAGCAACAUGGCAGAACAGCAAUAAAAAAAGUGAAACCCGUAUCAUGUGUGCACAUGUAAUUUUGCACUUCCAAGAAAUUGUGAAAGUUUUAAACUGAUGGCAACUCUGGUUUGUGUUCAAUUUUUUUUUUUAAAGAAAAACUGUUACAAGGAAGCGUUGAAGUGUAAAUAGAGAAUGUUCACAAAACACGCUAUUGGUUGAGUUUUGUUGUUUGUGUUUUUUUAAUUUGAAACUGAACAUUGUAUGGUCCAUUUAUUAAACAGAUUUGAACAAC